AUGUAAAUUCAUAUUAAAAUAAUUUCACAGCCUCCUAAAAAAAGUGCAUCAGAUAUUUAUUAAGAAUUAAAGAAUUGGUUAAAGAAGAACGAAAUUAAUUUGAAUAUUCAUUGUAUAAAAUUAAAGCCAGAUCCUAUGGAUAUGGAUCUUGAGAAUUUAAUAAAGAAAUCUUAAUUUUGGAGCUCAGAUAUUUAAUCAUCAAUUUCUGAAAAUUCUAUUGUAUAAUUUAUCUAAAAGAUUGAACCUAAACUACAUAAUGAAUCCAAAUUCAUUCUAGGUAAGCAAUUAGAUUAUUGCGAAAUGAUUUAAGAUGUUCUAAUAAAACCUUAAUAAGUUUUAUUUGGAGUCCCAAAUUGGCACCCAACAAUUAGAACGCAAAAGUUAUAAAAAGUUUCUUAAACUACUGCACAAUGUUAUAUAUAUUUUCAUGGAUAGGAUAUUUAAAAACUCAGACAUUAUGAAGAUGAUAAAAAUCAAAAACAAAUAACUCUCUUUGGUAAGGAAUAUCUACUUAAAGGAUCACAAUGGACACGUAAUUUAUAGGUUACAAAAGACAAUUUUAUAUCAAUACCUGGAAUAGAGUUUUCAUUUGGAAUUUUAAAUAAGAUUUUUUUUUAAUAUUGGUCGACUUCUCAAGUCUUGAAAUAUUAUCAAGAACAUUCUUUUUCAAUGGAAGAUAUUAAUUUAGAACUUUAAAAUACUUAAGUUAGAGUAUAUUUUAGUUUGAUUUUCGAUAGAACAAGAAGGAUUAAUUGCUUAAUUUAAUUUCAAACCAAAAAAGAUGGAAAUGUUAAAGAGGUAGAAUAUAAUACAACAUACUCAAAUGGAGGUGUUAUUGUUGAUAAAUCAAAAGAUUAAAAUCAAAUUCAUUUUUAUGUUAAAGUUAUUGAAACUCCUAAAUGUUAUAUACAAGAAGAUUAUGAUUUUGAAAAAUACAAGAAUUAAAGGGAUAUAAAAUAUUGGAGAUGUUAAAAUUUCUUAUAAAAUGAAAUAGAUAAUAUUGUAUUAGCAGGAAUUAUAAGACAAUAAUCUUAUUUAAAAUUCACAGUGAAUUAUAAUCAAACAUAAAAUGAAAAUUUUUUUAAUUUUUGUUAAUAUAUUGAAAAAUAAGGAUACUUAGAGAAAUUUAUGGGAGAUUAACAUAUUUCAUAGAAGUCAAUUUCAGAAGAUACAAAAAUUGAUUAUAUUUUCUAAGUCAAACUUUGCUUAAAUUGGAUGUUACUAUCUGCUGCUUUUGGUAGAUAUAAAAUCAUUUAAUCAAGCUUUAAUUUUCAAAAUUUCAUAGAAAAAGUAAAAGGAAUACAUCCAUUAAAUAUAGCAUAUUAAAUAAAGUUUUUAAAAUUGAAGAAAUAAGAAAAGAAAGAUAAAGAAACUUUCUAAAAUGAAAAAUUUCUAGAUAUGUAAAUUAAAUGUUAAAUAUUAGAGUUAAAACAAAUGCUGAAAAACAUACUGAUGAUAAAUUAGAUGAAAUUCUAUUAGCAGAUCUUACACCUUCUGGCAUUCUUCCUAAUUAUUCAAUAUUUGAGUACCUUCCUUUAUAUGAUUUAGAAAUUUGUUCGAAAAAGUUAAUAAAAGGUAAAGCAUAAUUUAAAUAAAAUGGUCUUUAAGAAGAAAUAAUUAAGAUUAGAAUUAGAGAUGAAAAUUUUGAAAUGUUGAGAUAAAAUUAGUUUGAUAGACAUCAUUAAAAACAUUUUUUAUUUUCAGGUUAUUUUAGAGAAUUACUUAAAGAGAAAAUUUAGAUUUUAGAUAGAAAAUACAAUUUUUUUGGAUAUGAUUGUAGAGCACUUAGAAAAGCUGAAUUUUAUGCUAUAAAUUCUGUAUAUUUCUAAACUACAUAUUAGUAUAUGUUUUAAUAGUUAAUAAAAUCAUAUAAAAAUAACUAAAGAAUAGUAAAGUGUUCUUAAAUUCAGAAAAUAUUUAAUGAACAUUUAAAUUUAAUGAAUUCAUCAAUAACAUUGAGUUAAAUAGAAGAUAAAUUAUUAGACAUAAGAUUUGAAUCUGAGAUUUAAAAAGAUUAAACAUUUUAAUGUAGAUUGAUUUAUAUGAAACUUGAUACUAAAUAAAAAAAUAGAUAAAACUAAUCAGAAAAUCAUUAUAAUUAUAAAAUACUCAUGCCUUAAGGAAAAGCAUCAAAUGAUGUUAUGAAAAUGAUAAAUGAAAUUGCAUUUGAAGGAUAGAAUAAAGAUUAUUGUUGUUUUAUUAUAAGGUAUUAAAAUUAUAAAGGAAUAUUAACUAAAAUGGUCAAUCAAAAUAAAUAAGGUUUGAUUAGAUUAUAUGAAAAUAUGAUAGAAAAAUAUUCUCCAACAAAUGAAUAAUUGUAAGGUUUAGCUUAAAAAACAAGAGUGGAUAAGAAAUAGGUUGAUGAAAUACAAAUAUUAGGAGUGCCUGAUUUUAAACCAUGUGUUUUAAGAUUGUUUUAGAUUUUAAAUAUAAUAAGUCUUGAAAAUAAAUAAAGAAAAGUUUUUAAAACAUUUUAGAAAUAUUAUCAUAUGCUAAAAAUAUCAAAAAGUUAAUAAAAUGAUCCUACAUAAGAUCCUUUCUAUUUGAGAACUUUAAAAUAAUAUGAAAGGAAAUAAGAAUUUUUAUUACCUAUAAAAAAGGGUGCUUAUUUAAUGGGAGUAUAUGAUUCAUUAUUGAAUCCAGAUGAAGUUUUUAUUAAUGUAUAAGGUGAGAAUGCGAAAUAAAGUUUUGUAGUUUAAGAUUAAUAAAUUAUAAUAUUUAAAAAGAAUUAUUUGAUAAAAGAUGGAAUAAAUUUAUUUUAGAAUACAAGUAAGGAAAACUAAGAAUAAUUGGCUAAACGUUAUAAAAAUGUGAUAGUAUUUUCAUCGCAUAUGCUUGGAGAAAAGUUUCCAUAAGAUGAAUUUGAUGAUAAAUAAAAAUUUGUAGCAAUUUGGGAUUAAAAUCUUAUACCUGAUAUUAAGAUUACGUUAUUUGAUGGUAAAAAACUUUGUAAGAGUUUUAAAAAUAAAUAAAAGGAUUAAGAUUUAAAUAAUUAAAAUUCAUUAGAAUAAAAUUUUGAUGAAACUGAAUGGAUUUCUGGAUUAUAAGAAUAAGCAAUAGAUUUUUUUUGUGUUUUUCAAUAAUCAUGUAAUUUUAAUGAACUUAAAAAUAUUUAUACUAAAGUAUUGCUUUAAAAUUCAUUAUAUUAAGGUGAUGAAUAAUUUAACAAAAUCUAUGAAAAAAUAAUUAACUAAAUAAAGAUUAUUAAUUUAAUAGGAAUGAAAUAUGCAGGUACUUAGGCUUAAAAAACAAAUGUAUUUAAUUUAAUUUAUCAUUAAUUAGUAUUCUGAAAUCUUAAGGUAUUUAAAAAACAUUGAAAAAGAGAUAUUAAAUAUAGAUCGUGCAGUUGAAUAGUAUUUCUAAAUAUGA